UUGGUGUGUGGUUCUGGUGUUUGAGUGUCAGGUUUCAGAAACUGUGUGAAAAGUAAGGAUUUUGUGUGUGAGCAGUUGAACUGGAACUGUGGCAUUUUUAUAUUCUUUUUCCGUUAAAAUUACUAACAUAUGCAGUGUAAAUGACCAUGUUAUUGAUUUAAAAGUGAAGGCAAAGUCCAAGACAAUACCACCCACAAUAAAACCCACGCUUGCGUCCUUUUAAAGAUCUUAGAAUUUGAAUAUUAUUUAAUUAUAUGAAGGUUGUAGUUGCUGUAUGUGUAUAAUGUAGUCUAUAAUGUGUGUGUGUGCAUGCGUGUGCGUGUGUGUGCUAGUAACACUAAACAUUAGGACAUUACUUUAAAAAUUCCCCUAAGGAGACCAUCGCCACUUAGCUUUGAAGUGUGGAGUACAUUUACUAUUCCAUAAUAGAUGUGUUACAAGUCACAGAAGGGAAAUCAUUACUGGUACUCUGGUCAGAAAAGCUCAAGAGAAUUAAUGAGUAGUCUGAGACGUCUGGCCUAUAUCUAAGUACUUAAUUAUGCUUCUUGUCAAAUUAUAGCAUGAUAAACUAUUGUAAGCCCAUCAUCCUAAAGCUGUUAUCCUUCACAGUAUAAAUGAAUACCAUUAUAUUUAGACAAGUAAUAAGUUAAUAAAAUACUGUAUUUGCAAAUGGUCUGCAUUAGUUGUCAAGUACAAAAUAGCACACCCCUGUCAGAACAUGCCAUUUGGUAGCUAAGAGAUCAGACUAAACAAAACCAACAAACAUACCGUAGACUACAGGGAAACAGUUCACAGGGUGUCCCCCGUCUGUGUCCCGAGACACUGGGAGAGGCUCCAGCAUCCCCCUGCAGAGGAUAAGAGAAACAGACAUAUGGAGAGCCGCAUAAUCAAUCAAGAACGCACUUUAAGCACUCUACUGGAACAAGCCGUGAAGAUCAGGGAUGAUGUGGUGACUGGUCUACAUGCAACUCAGGGUUCAGUAUUGAUGGAGUCGUCUGCUAGAAAACUACUGGAGAACCACAUUCAGAUCAUAACUCAUAUCGUCAAACAGCUCAGCAGAGACAUCCAGGUGUUGGAAGCCCAGAUUAUUGAGAGAGACAACCUUGCUGCAGGGACGACUUUUGCAGUGAAGAGCUUGGAUCACAAGAACAUGAUGGGUAUUGGAGAUCUCAGAGGCAGAGUGGCAAGAUGUGAUGCUAGCAUUGCUAAACUGUCAUCUGAUGUUGGCAAUGGAGGACGGGACAUUCUGAAACUCCAACAGGAAGUGAGUGAGUUAAGGUCUGAGCUGGAGAUGAAGCUGAAAGACAUGGAGCUCAAGCUGUCUCAGGAUGUAGGAAAACUAGAGAUGUCAAUGUCAGAGAAGUUCAUUACUCAGAGAAACGCCACUGGAGAUUUACAGAAGGAGAUACAACAACUGGAUGUAAAGAACUCUAGUGGUCUGAUGGAGAUGGAGGAGCAGACCGUGAGACUGAGGAAGUGGGCCGAGGAGCAGAUGAAAACCACAGUUCAAUCACACACACAGAGCAGCAAGCUGCACACACUGCUGCAGGAAAGAGUGGUAAACGUCGAAGUGGAAGGCAGGCUAAAGGAGAAAAUGGUUCUUCUUUCUGGGCAUCUAGAAAGGUUGGAGGCACAAUUGGAGAAGGUGCGAUCAGCUGACAGGAAAAAGUGUUCAGAGAGCAAACUCAGCAGCAAGAUCAACACUUUAGAGAAGAGCUUCAGAGAAGAGCUAGAGCAGAUGAGGAGGGAGUAUCAGUCUGGGUUUCAGGCGGUUCAUGAUGCCAUUGCAUCUCUGAGACACAUCGGUGACACCAAAGCCAAGCUGGACAAAGGAGAGCUGCAAAGAGACAUAAGACAGAUCCAGAGAAACAUGGUGGGACUGAAGGAGCUCUGACCAGAUUAUCCUUUUAAAAACAUAUAUGCUGGAAUAUAUAACCUGUGUCUGAGAUCACAAAGUAUGAUUCUGCAAAAUGUGGGCAGAUGGACAAAACAAUCAAAUAAGCUCUACAUUAGUUUCCUAGAUUGAAAAAAAAAAGGAUUUAGCCGGUUUCCGUAAGAUCAUUUCCUGUAAAUCUCUUUUUGCCAGACCAGAUUCUGAGUGAGCAAUCAUAGUUGAUGAAAUUCAAACAAAAUACAAUUAUGUCAAAUCAGAGAUUACAUAUGCAACUCAUGAGGCUCAAUACUGAAAGGUUAGGAAGAUGAACUGUUCAGCGUUUGUCCGCACGUCCCCAGACCAGUAUUGAUUGUAAAGAAAUGCUAGAAUAAACAAACAAGAUCU